CGACCGUUUCGCUGUUUCGCGCGACGUCAUUUAUACGUAUUACGUUGAUUGUGCGACUAUAUAUGAUAUUUUUUGCCCGUUUUCUGGAAAAACGAACCGAACUGCGAAAGACGACGUCCGCCUGGCAGACGAUCUGAACACGAAACGCGAGCCACCCGUGGACAUUCCGCUGUGAGAUUUGGUUUAUUAAACGUUCUUCAUUCGAAUCAGCUUUUUGUAGCUCUUCAUUGAUAGAGUGAUAUCAACCUAAGAAAAAAGACAUUAUUUUCAUAAGUGAAAUAAGUUUUCUAUAAUUUAACUUACAUUUUUGUAAAGACAAAAGUGAAUACUUCAUGGUAUUUUUAUUAAAUGUUCGUUAUUUUUUUAUUUGUUGUACAUAAUAAAGUCUAAGUAGACACGUUUUAGUGUUAAACAGUGAUUGUUUUAUCAUAAAUUAAAACAAAUUUUUUUGUGUAUACACGUUGGUUCCUUAGAACCUUAAAGAAGUUUAGAUGCUUGCUACAAAUCACAAUAACUCAGGGAUUAACCUCAAUAUGCCCAGUAAACAGUUGAACAGAAUUAGCUUUGAAGGAAUAGAUGAUGCCGGUUGGAAGGCCAAACUUAAACUUCCACCUCAGGAUCACCGGAUUAAAACAAGUGAUGUCACUUCAACCAAAGGAAAUGAUUUUGAAGAAUUCUGUUUAAAACGAGAAUUACUAAUGGGUAUAUUUGAAAAAGGUUGGGAAAAACCUAGUCCUAUUCAAGAAGCAAGUAUUCCAAUAGCACUUUCUGGCAAAGAUAUAUUAGCGAGAGCAAAAAAUGGCACAGGAAAAACUGGAGCUUAUUCUAUACCUGUACUUGAGCAAGUAGACCCAAAACUAGAUGUUAUACAAGCACUUGUGAUUGUGCCAACCAGAGAAUUAGCGUUACAAACUAGUCAAAUAUGUAUUGAACUUGCAAAGCACUUGGACAUUAGGGUCAUGGUGACUACUGGUGGAACUAAUCUUAAGGAUGAUAUUCUUCGUAUUUACCAAAGAGUGCAUGUUAUUAUUGCCACUCCUGGAAGAAUAUUGGAUCUCCUAGAUAAAAGCAUAGCUAAAGUUGAUCAUUGUCGGAUCUUAGUUUUAGAUGAGGCAGAUAAACUUUUAUCACAAGAUUUUAAAGGUAUGUUAGAUCACAUAAUUUCAAGGUUACCGUCAGAGAGGCAAAUCCUUCUGUAUUCUGCCACAUUCCCUCUGACUGUCAAACAAUUUAUGGAUAAACAUUUACGUAGUCCAUAUGAAAUAAAUUUAAUGGAAGAGUUAACCUUGAAAGGAGUUACUCAGUAUUAUGCAUUUGUUCAAGAAAAACAAAAAGUUCAUUGUUUGAAUACUUUGUUUUCUAAGCUUCAAAUAAAUCAAAGUAUAAUAUUUUGUAAUUCAACACAACGUGUGGAGUUACUUGCUAAAAAAAUUACUGAUCUCGGCUAUUGUUGUUAUUACAUUCAUGCUAAAAUGGCCCAAGCACAUCGUAAUCGUGUAUUUCAUGAUUUUAGAAAAGGAUCUUGCCGCAAUCUUGUUUGUUCUGACUUAUUUACGAGAGGUAUUGAUGUACAAGCUGUAAAUGUUGUAAUAAACUUUGAUUUUCCCAAAAUGGCAGAGACAUAUUUGCAUCGUAUUGGUAGGUCAGGCCGAUUUGGACAUCUUGGUAUAGCCAUCAAUCUUAUUACUUAUGAUGACCGGUUUGCUUUACACCGUAUUGAACAAGAAUUAGGCACAGAAAUAAAACCAAUACCUAAGGUAAUUGAUCCAAGGUUAUAUGUUGCGCGACCAGAAGAUGUAGAUAUUAAUGAAGAAAUGGACCUUAGUAAAUGAAAAAUUCUCCUUCCCCAACUAUUGUAAAUAUUUGUAUCUAUAACAAACUCAAAACCUAAACACUUAACUUUAAGACUCAAAGAACCCAAGAUAUA